AUGCUUCCCCUUCAAUUCAGCACCCUCCCCCAUCACGUGCCAUCGCUGUUUCUGAGCAGCUCCAGCACGUGCUCCUCUUCCUCUCCCCUCCGACACAGCAACAGAAACAAGGCGUACCUUCUUCGCUCCAACGUUGGAGCCCUCAACCUUAGGGUCUCCGCAGCGUCUGGUGACUCCGCAUUGAAGAUGAACCUCAAUGAGUACCUCGGUAAUGCGGAGAGGUCCAGGAUAGUUAUGGUGGGCGACACUUUGAAGAAGGCUGGCGAUUCGUCUCAGAACACUCUCGUUGAGAUUAAAGACGUGGGAGAUACACAGAAGGUGCUAAAUGAGCAGACAAGUUCUUUUAGCUUGGUUCUUGAGAGGCCCACAUCUCCUUUUCCCAUUCAACUACUGCACAAGAUGAAUGAUUUUGAAAUACAGUUUAAUAGAGGUCGAGUUCCCAUUGCCACAUGGAACAAGAACCUAUUGGCAUCAAAUUUACAACCAUCUAGUGAGAGCUGUGGGAAUUCUGGAUUUUUGAUGUUCAACUCAAAGUUUCUUAAACCAAAUGCAAGCAAUUUAUUGGGCAAUCAAGAUCAUCAUACCAUCACCCAUGGUGAGAGAAACUUCUUUACUGAACACACAACACAGCUUGCUUGUGUUUUUACUGAAGAAGUGUGUGGAGAUGGAGACUGGGCUCAUGGAAGUUUUCCACUUGAGGAAUAUAUUCAGGCUCUGGAUCGUUCCAAGGAUGAGAUGUACUAUAAUCACUCUCUUGGUAUGCGUUAUAGUAAGAUUACAGAGCAAAUAUAUGUGGGAUCCUGUAUACAAACAGAAGAUGAUGUAGAAACUUUGUCAAAAGUUGAGGGAAUCACUGCUGUUCUGAACUUCCAAAGUGGAACUGAAGCUGAAAAUUGGGGAAUCAAUGCAAAAUCAAUCAAUGAAUCUUGUCAAAGGAAUAAUAUUCUCAUGAUCAACUAUGCUAUACGGGAUGGAGAUUCUUAUGAUAUGAGGAAAAAACUUCCAUUUUGUGUUGGGCUUUUAUUACGGUUGCUAAGGAAGAAUCUUCGUGUUUAUGUUACUUGCACUUCUGGAUUUGAUCGGUCUCCUGCUUGUGUGAUUGCAUACCUACAUUGGAUGACAGAUGUUUCCCUUCAUGCAGCAUAUACCUGGGUCACUGGGAUGCACAUUUGCAGGCCUGACAGGCCAGCAAUUGCAUGGGCAACAUGGGAUCUUAUAGCUAUGGUUGAAAACGGGAAACAUGAUGGACCUCCUACACAUGCUGUUACAUUUGUGUGGAACGGUCAUGAGGGUGAGGAUGUAACUUUGGUAGGAGACUUUACUGGAAAUUGGAAAGAACCACUCAAGGCAAAGCAACAAGGUGGAUCAAGACAUGAAGUAGAAGUUAAACUUCCACAAGGAAAGUACUACUACAAGUUCAUUGUUAAUGGACAAUGGAAGCAUUCAAAUUCUUCACCAUCAGAAAGGGAUGAAAGGGGAAAUGUUAACAAUAUAAUUGUGAUUGGCGAAACUGCCAGCGUCAGGCCUUCUGUUCAGCACCAGCAGAGAGAUGCCAACGUCGUGAAGGUGAUUGAAAGGCCUUUGAAUGAGAAAGAGCGUCUGGCAAAAGCAGCUCGUUGUAUUGCCUUCUCUAUCUGUCCUAUCAGAUUAGCUCCCAAAUAGUUGCAUGGAAAUAUCAUAAUGUACAGGAUUGCCGUUGUUGCACGUUUCUGAGGUCACAUAAAAUUUGAUCACAGUUGUGACUUGUGAAGGCACAUAGCAAAGAGUUGUUAGCACACUUUUGGGUAUAUGAUUUGGCAUUCAACUUUUGAAAUAAAAGAGAUUAAUCAUGUUUACUGCACUGCUAAACUUUCCUCUCUUUCCGCAGGCCUAUGUUUUUUUACAUCAUUCUGUUAUUCGUAAUAAAUUUUCCUAGUCAUCAUA